CGCGCGCAGGACGGGACCUUCCUUUUCCGCACUCUACUUCCCAGAAGGCUUUGGGGAUGGCCGGGCUGCGGUUCCAUAGGCUAUCCCGCUUGCCGCCUAGUUUAAUGUAUCAGGGUAAUGCUACUUCCGCCUUUCCGAAAGCACCUCUGACUCCCUGACCCGGAGAAGGUAAAGCCAGCGUCGAACCGGCUCCUCGCUCGCGGUUUCCUGCUUCCUGUUUCGUCGGAGGCACCAAGCUCAGCCCCAUAAAGACCCUGCUCUUCCCCAGCGGCAGAUGGAGGCCAAGGAGGGCCCGACUUCUGGCUUCCUCAUGGCUCCCUUUCAGGAGCCGGUGACCUUCCGGGACGUGGCCGUGGACUUCACCUGGGAGGAGUGGAGGGUCCUGGAACCGGCCCAGAGGGCCCUGCACAGGGACGUGAUGCUGGAGAACUUCCAGAACCUGGUUUCUGUGGGGAUUCCUGUUUCCAGACUGGAUGUGAUCUCCCUGUUGGAGAAGCAAGAAGAAGCCUGGAGUCCCGAGAGCAGAGCCUUCAGUGGGUCUCAUCAAGAUUCCUUUAGUGAAGACACUAGGUUUCAAGCCAAGAACGUAAACAUGGUGCAGAGCAUUUGCCUGGGGACGUCCUCUGAGAAGAUGCUCCCAAAGGGCAUGGCCUGGCAUUGCAACAUGAACGAAGCCAGGGAACAUGAUAUGAAUUUAGAGAAAGUGAAGAGCCCAUCCAGAGAAGGGACCAUUCCCAGAACGACUUUGAGUAAUGGGAAUGUGCCUCAGUGUAUGGCAAUUGGGAAGAGCUUCAGUUUUGAGCCAGUCUUUGUUGGAACUGUGGAGAAAAGUCCAGAUAAAUAUAAGACAGUUGGAAAGAGCUUGAGAGGUUUUUCGAGCCUAAUUACUUAUAACACAAUUUCUUUAGAGAAGAACUUUUCUAAGUAUGUCAAAGGCAAGAAACCUUUCAGGUAUCGCUCAGGAUUAUUUAAGUUACAUAGAAUAGAUGCUAGAGAAAAUCUACAUGAACAGAGUGAAUGUGGAACAGUAUUUAGAAGAUCUAAUCUUACUGAAAAUCAGAGAAGUACUAUAGGAGACAAACAUUAUAAAUAUAAUAAAUAUGGAAAGGGCUUUUUUCACAAAGGAAGCUUGACUGAACUUAAGAGAAAUUAUGCUGAACUGAAAUCCUUUAAAUGUGAUGAAUGUGAGAAAGGCUUUAGCCUGAGAGCAAACCUCCUUAUCCAUCAAAAAACACACACUGGAAAAAAACUCUUUGAGUGCAGUGAAUGUGGGAAACCCUUUAGUAGGAGGGAAAACCUGGUUGCACAUCAGAGAACUCAUACUGGAGAGAAACCUUUUAUUUGUAAUGAAUGUGGAAAAAGCUUCCGCCAUAGGGGAAACCUGAUUGCUCAUCAUAAAAUUCAUACAGGGGAGAAAUCUUUUACAUGUAAUGAAUGUGGAAAAAGCUUCAUUCAUAGGGCAAAUCUCAUUACUCAUCAGAGAACUCAUACAGGAGAGAAACCAUUUACAUGCCAUGAAUGUAUGAAAAGCUUUAGUCACAGGGGAAAUCUUAUUACCCAUCUCCGAACUCAUACCAGAGAGAAACCCUUUGAAUGUAAUGAGUGUGGGAAAGCCUUUAGUUUUAGCAGAAGCCUUAUUGGACACCAGAGAACUCACACUGGCGAGAAACCUUUUGCUUGUAACAUAUGUGGCAAAGCCUUCACCAGCAUGAGAUAUCUCUUUGAUCAUCAGAGAAUUCAUACUGGAGAGAAACCUUUUAAAUGUAAUGAAUGUGGGAAAGGCUUCAGCCAGAGAGGAUACCUCAUUUGUCAUCAAGGAAUUCAUACUGGAGCGAAACCCUUUGAAUGUAACGAAUGUGGAAAAGCCUUCAGUCGGAGAGGACACCUUAUUGCCCAUCAGAGAACUCACACUGGAGAGAAACCAUUUGUAUGUAAGGAAUGUGGGAAAGGUUUUAGCCGGAGGGACCAUCUCACUUGUCAUCAGAGAGUUCAUACUGGAGAGAAACCCUUUAUAUGUAAUGAGUGUGGGAAAGCUUUUACUCAGAGAGCAAGUCUUUUUAAACAUCAGCGAAUUCAUACAGGAGAGAAACCCUUUGUUUGCAAUGAAUGUGGGAAAUCUUUUAGCCACAGGGACUCUCUCACUUACCAUCAAAGAACUCACACUGGAGAAAAACUCUUUGAAUGUAAUGAAUGUGGAAAAGCCUUCACCCGGAGGACAAACCUUAUUACUCAUCAAAGAACUCACACUGGAGAGAAACCCUUUAUAUGUAAUGAGUGUGGGAAAGCUUUCAGCUACCAAGUAGCACUCAGUUAUCAUCAAAGAAUUCAUAAUGGAGAGAAACCCUUUGAAUGUCAGGAUUGCGGGAAAGCUUUUAGGCGCAAAGCAAACCUCGUCUUCCACCAGAAAACCCAUAUAAAAGAGAAACCCUUUGCAUGUAAUGAAUGUGGGAAAGACUUUAGUAGGAAUUCUAACCUUAUUACUCAUCAGAAAAUUCAUACUGGAAAGAAACAGAAUGUGUUGAAAUAAACUUCACAUAGGAACUACCCCUUCACUGCCACCAGAGAAUUCAUAUAAUUCUGACAACUCAGUAGGAGAAACAUCUGUCCUUUCUAUAGUAAUUCAUUGUGCUUCUUUUUGGUUACUAUGCCACCUGCAUUUCUCAACCUGUGCCUUUUUCAUCCCCUCUAGUCCAACACAUGAAAAAACUGACAUUGUAUGCACUAUUGCACACUGGAGAGUCCACCAUAUUUGUAAAGAAAUGGCAAUGGAGUAACAUGGUUUUUCCUCAGAAUUUGAUAUUGAUUUUUAUAACUUUAGUCCGAUUUCUAAUGUAUUGAUUUCUUUGAUUUUCACUAUUUUCUCCAUUGUGCUUGUUUUCUUAAUUUUCAGUUUAAAAAAACCGAUAUUCUAUUCAUUCUUUUUUCACAUUUUAUUAGUACUUGGUUUUUGAGCAAUAAUUUAUCCUUUUGAUACCUGCUUUAGCUGUAUGCCAGAAAUUUUGGAACAUUGAUUCAUUUUUACCAUUGUCUUUGAAGUUGUGCCUGUUUCUGCAAUCAAUUCUUUGAUUGAUAUAUUUGGCAUUUCACUUUUUGUUUCUUUAAAACUAACUUUUGUGGUUCUCUCCGAGUUGAUUAUUACUUAACUUAUAUUAGCAUCUGUGAAGGAUGAGAUUAGUAUUUCUGAUACAUGUAUAUAGUUUUAAUUCCCUGACAAUAUCUCUGUCUUUUAAAGCUUAGUCUUUUUUUUGUAAAUGUACUAUUUGGUGCUUAGAAAUAGUGCAUAUUCAUUGUAUAUUUUAAUAGACAUGUAUACAUUUGAUAUACAUACAGAAGCUAUAAAUCUUUUAGUUCUAAAUUCUUAGUUAGCUCUAAAUUUAUUUUGUUCUAUAGUUUAUAUUUUUAAUCUUUCUGUCAAUUUGUUCAAUUCUGAGAGGAAGAUUAAUCUAUCAUUUAUCGUGUUCCUAUCUGUGUCUUGCCCUUCAGUUAUUUUUUUUCCUUUAGUGCAUAAGGGUAUUGAUUUUUUUGUUUAUACUUCCUGUAAGCAUAUUGAAAUUUCUUUAUCUGUUGCAACUGUAAUUUAUAUUUUUACUUAAUAUAGCAGCAUGAUUACUUUUUGAAUUUACUUAAUGCAGAAUAGCUUUUGGUCUAAAGUCUUAUUUUCUUUCUGUUUGGAACACACCUGAUGGAUUAUGUGGUUUUGUUUUCUUUCCUAUUCUGAUAUUUUCAUUUUGUUGUAUUUGGUUCAGUCCUGUCCUACCCACAUGCAAACAAGGGCCACUGGUCUAUACAUAAGGAUCCAUGUGGAUACAUACUGACUUAGUUUUAUAAUGUAAUGUUAUCUCUGUUAUGAUUUUUAUUUAUAUUACUACAAUUUUCCCAAUUAUAUUUUAAACUGGUUUGGGCUGCAGAAUGGAGUGUUAUAGUUUGGUUUUCUGAUACCUUUGGUUUAGUCCACUGACAAAAAUUUGUGUUAAGUUUUAAAAAUCAUCCUGUUUUAAGUCAAUACUUCAUGCUGAAGAUUAAUUUUUAUGAAACCAUU